AUGAUGAAACGAACGCGCUUAAUCUUUCUUCAAGUAGCCUGCCUGCUUUUUAUUGUUUUCAUAUUCCGGGCUGGAUACCAGAACUUCUUACCGGCGUCAUGGAGUCAAGGAAAUCAGUCCGGUUUUCAUCCAUUUAAUUCGCUGAUACCUUCUAACACCAUAGAAAUCAACAACAGCCAAGAAGUGGAUGGCGCAUCCAACCCGGUCCAUCCUGAUGGUCCAUGGAAUACAACGGCACAUAUCAAAGCUAUUUUAGACCCUACAGAUACUGCACUCCCUCGUUUAGAGUGCCCAAGCCCGAAUCUAAUCCGAUAUGAAUAUCUAAAAGUAUUGGCAGAAGACAACGAGCUUCUAGAACUGAAAUACUUUUUUGCUCUCGACCUUCGACAGUCUAUCGAUAUUCUGCCUCGCCUAUUAGGAUCUAUCAUAGAAACAAUCAAAUUCCUUGGUCCGACUGCUUGCGCUCUAUCGAUAGUAGAAGGUAACUCGGAUGAUGGCACGAGGGAAGUCCUUUACUCACUCCAGCCUAAGUUAAAGGACUUGGGUAUCGCAUAUUAUGUUCAGUCGAGCAAUAUAGACCCCAAGACUGGGGAAAGGAUAGGAAAACUCGCACAACUUCGCAACUUAGCCCUUUCGCCACUUCUAUCCCUUGCUAGCUCGAUGCAAGAUACGAAUCCAAAUCCCUCGCAGUCGUCGUUAAUGCCAAAUACAAAUACAACCAUCGUCUUCUUAAAUGACGUAGCAAUAUGUAUAUCUGACAUCCUCGAGCUGGUGCACCAGCGGAUCUUCCAAUCAGCAGAUAUGACUUGCGCUAUGGACUGGACUUACGUUGGCCGCGAUCCGACGUUCUACGAUGUAUGGGUAGCGCGCACUCUCCAGGGAGAUUUGUUCUUCGAUAUUCCGCCGGACGGUAAUUGGAAUAGCGCAUGGAAUCUGUUCUGGAAUGACCGAAUAACCGGUGGGCGGUUUAGCAGGACUCUCCCCUUUCAAGUCUUUGCGUGUUGGAACGGAGCUGUAGCUUUUACAGCUGCACCGAUACUUGGGGAGCAAUCCGACCAAGAUCGAGGAGACAUGAAUCGGCAGGGCAAGGGGAAGAAGGGAGAGAGAAUUGGAUUUCGAGGACCGCGGGAAGGCGAGUGUUACUCGGGGGAGCCAACACUGUUCUGUAAGGACCUCUGGCGAACGGGUCAUGGGCGCAUUGCUGUUGUGCCGUCGGUCAACCUCGAGUAUUCCGAUGAGGCUGCAUCGAAAAUAAAGAUGGCUAAAGGGUAUACUUCGCGAUGGACAGAACGAGAAGACGAAGAUGCCAUGAGAAUCCAGUGGGUAAACCAGCCACCCGACACGGUGACAUGUAUGCCAGGCUUAGGGGAUCAGACCCGGCGACCAUGGAAUGAAACAUUUACUUAGGUUAGCGAGAGGAAACGAACCAAUUCGACUACUACCG